CCGAGGAAACGCCCUCUCUAAGCUCUCCUCCACUCCAGACACCAUGUGCUUCAACAGCUUCUCCGGCGCUGUCUUCCCAGGAUUCUACUGGGGCAGCUGCGGCUACCCUCUGGGGUACAGUGUGGGCUGUGGCUAUGGCAGCACCUACUCCCCAGUGGGCUAUGGCUUCGGCUAUGGCUACAACGGCUGUGGGGCUUUCGGCUACCGAAGAUCCUGCCCAUUCUUUUUCUAGUGAUUUGCUGAAAUCCCCAAGGAGGCAUGGAAUCUUCUCUCGUGAGGCUGAAGGGUGCACCUCCACAUCCUCAUCUGCUCCUCAACCUCCCAGUCGCUGAUUUUCAGAGCCAGGACCAGAGUCCAGAGGGAAGAAAAUGAAAACCCCUUGAUGCCUCGAGCUGCCUUCCCUGAAUGAUAUUUGUUGGGACGUUUUCAGAAACCUGAUGCCCCAACAUGAAUUACUUUUGAAUUUUUCACCGUGUUCAUGACUCUUGUCAUAACCAAGUUGUGGACGUGUCUGUCAAACUCCCAAUAAACUUGUCUCAGCCACCAUAA